GGGGAGAGCAAGGUGUGUGUGUAAAGAACGCUGGAUAAGAGAGAGAGAGAGAGAGGGGUUGGUUGGAGAAUGAGGCAGUUGGUGUGUUCAGCAGAGGGGUGUGUGUAAGGGAGAGAGAGAAAGGGUGCGAGAGAGAGAGAGCGAGAGAGAGCGUCAGCGAGAGAGAGAGAGAGCGCGAGCGAGCAGCACUGCAGUGAGGAGAAGUGGAGAGGAGACUGCAGUCUGAGCUGCUGGGAGAGAGCCCUGCCUAUGUUCCCACAGCACUGACCAACCCCACCGCUGGUAUUCCUACUGCAUGGGCCACCUGACCGGGGGCUAUUUCUUUCUGCUGGGAGGCCCCUGCUAGUCUCUGACCAUGAAGUUCAACCUGUUCAAGGCCAAGGCCGAGGCCAUGGCGGCGGCCGACCCCACCGGCGCCACCACCUUGGCGCCGACGGCCACGCCCGCCCUGGCCUCCACGGCGGCCGACCUGUCGGGCUCCAACAACACGGAGAUCAGCAAGAAUGACAUGUUCGAGGAGAUCAAGAGCAAGUUCCUCAACGAGAUCGACAAGAUCCCGCUUCCUCCAUGGGCGCUGAUCGCCAUCGCGGUGGUGGCCGGCCUGCUCAUCCUCACCUGCUGCUUCUGCAUCAUCAAGAAGUGCUGCUGCAAGAAGAAGAAGAACAAGAAGGGCAAGAAGGGCAAGGACGGCUUCAACAUGAAGAACAUGGAGGGUGGUGAGAAACACCAGGACGACGACGAUGACGAGGGAGAGACCGGGCUGACGGAGGAAGAGAAGGAGGAGGAGGAGAAGGAAGAGGAGAAGCUGGGGAAGCUGCAGUACUCCAUCGAGUACGACUUUGAAAACACAAAGCUGACGGUGGGCAUCCUCCAGGCGGCCGACCUGAUCUCCAUGGACUCCGGGGGCACGUCGGACCCCUACGUCAAGGUGUCGCUGCUUCCCGACAAGAAGAAGAAGUACGACACCAAGGUCCACAAGAAGACCCUGAACCCCGUCUUCAACGAGACCUUCGUCUUCAAGGUGCCCUACGAGGAGCUGGGAGGGAAGACGGUGUGCAUGUCCGUGUUCGACUACGACCGCUUCUCCAAGCACGACAUCAUCGGAGAGGUGAAGAUCCCCAUGAACACCAUCGACCUGGGCCAGCCCAUCGAGGAGUGGAAGGACCUGGAGAGCGUGGAGAAGGAGGAGCCAGAGAAGCUUGGGGAUAUAUGCAUCUCUCUGCGGUACGUUCCGACUGCCGGUAAACUCACCGUCUGCAUUCUGGAGGCCAAGAACCUGAAGAAGAUGGAUGCCUGUGGACUGUCUGAUCCCUACGUGAAGAUCCAGCUGCUGCAGGGCGGCAAGCGUCUGAAGAAGAAGAAGACGACGGUGAAGAAGAACACGCUGAACCCAUACUACAACGAGUCCUUCAGCUUCGAGAUCCCCCUGGAGCAGAUGCAGAAAAUCCUGGUGGCGGUGACGGUGUUCGACUACGACAAGAUCGGCAAGAACGACGCCAUCGGCAAGAUCUUCGUGGGCAGCAAGGCCACGGGGCUGGGGCUGAAGCACUGGUCUGACAUGCUGUCCAACCCCCGCCGCCCCAUCGCCCAGUGGCACCCUCUGCAGCAGGAGGAGGACAUCGACGGCCAGCUGGCCUCCCUGGCCGCCAAGAAGUAACUAACUUCACCCCCACCCCCCUCAGCCCCUCAUGUACUAACUGAUGAAAGCCCCCCAACCCCCCGAAACCCAAACACCAGACUAAAACCUCGCAUUGCAUGCACCUCAUGAUCUACAUGCGGGUAGCCGCCCCGGCUGCCCCAAGCUUGAUCCGCAGAAACAAAAAGAGAGAGAGACGGUAGAGAGUAUCGGUAGAGAGUAUCGGUAGAGAGUAUCGGUAGAGAUUAUCGGGAGAGAUUAUCGGUAGAGAUUAUCGGUAAAGAUUAUCGGUAGAGAGCAUCGGUAUCAAUUAGGGUUACGUGAACAAACCUGGAACUCAUUUGUUUUUUUUUCAGUUUUGUUUGUCGUUUCGUACCCAGCACCACAUUUGCUUAUACUAUUACAAAAAAUAACGAGUGGCAAUGAAUGUUUGGGUGAUUGGUUUGUGAGCAAUUGUCUUUGAAUGUUGGUUGCGUUUGAGGGUUAUUUUACCAGGCUUAUUUUUUUAAAGUGCUGGCACUCAGUGAAAAGGUUAGUGGAGAAGCGAUCCAGCUGAUAAAGUGUGGUUUAGUUAGAUGCAUUAUGCAUGCGUUGCUUAGUCCCUCCUCGACCCUCUCCAUAAAACCAUGCGCAGUAUUGUAUCCCUGCUAUUAUGUGUGCUUUAACUUUGAAUAAAAAGUACUCUCGUACAGGGCUUAUCUCGCAUAGAAAUCUAUUUAGGUUGUCAAAUGCAAACGCAAGUUUGGAUGGUGGCAACUGCAAAAAAACAACUGCAAAAAAUACUGAAAUGUCUAUUUGUUUUUAGUUUUUUAUGAACUGUUGAGACGAUUGCCGCGGUUUUGUCAUUUGUGUCGUGGUCACGCCAGAGACGGAGCACGUGUGUGUCUCGCUCUUACUUUAUUAGGAUUCAAUCACCAAAUGUGAUCCUGUGAUACACAGCUCACACCAUGGCCACCUGCAUGGAGAUUCUGUGCCUGUGUGUGUGUGUGUGUGUUUGCCUGUGUGUGUGUGUGUGUGUGUUGGUGUGUGUUGUCAGAGACACACACACUCUGAAGGGAGGAGUAUAGGGUGCCUUGCCCGGGUUGGACAUUUUGACACUGUUUGCUACGUGGCGGUCGACUCGAGGACUUGAGGACUUUUCUACUCGGUAAGUUAUCAGGAACGCUGUGAAUGUGUGUGGAGUUUCCUUUGACCACUUAGGAUGUAACACCUUACUUAUCCAUGGACAAAGCAAAGGGAAAGUAAGAAGGGUGUGCCCAUGUUUCUCAAACAACUAUGCCUCUGUUGAAUGUUUACGGUCGAAAGUAAUGCUGUUCAAAUGCUUUUUUUUUUUUUUUUUUGGGGGGCGCCUGUCGACCACUUAUAUUUGAUCGUAUGUGUAUGUUGUUCAUAUCAGUAUUUUCAAAAUGAAUCGAUGAUGUAUCGAUUUUACCUAGAGGAGGUCGGGUUGCACCAUUGCCAACCGGCGUAACGGUUAGGUUGGACUUAGAACGCCAACCAGGCGUAGGUACGACCAGGCUGACGCCCAGUUGGUGCAACCGGCCCCCAGAGCUCUGCAAUCACGCCUGCGACCGUACCAUGUGUUUGCUUCUGUGCGUUGAGUUCCCCCAGCCACCGUGUGAAACCUUUUGUACAGUAAAUGUAGGACCAUUUGCCCGAGACAAAUGGACAAAGCUAAACCCAGCAUGUAUCAUGCAUCACGAAUACUCUUUUCUUUCCCUCUUUAGUCCCAUACUGCGUGUAUACCUAUCUAAAAAAACCAAAGUACUGCAGCGACACAGUGGUAUUUUUGCUACCAUUGCUUGUAUGUCCCUGCUUUCUUCAUCGCUGGGCGGAGAAGUCUCCUUGUACCCGGGAGGCGGGUUUAGAGGGAAAGGAUCUCCCCUUGUUUCCUGGGAGGAGGGUUUAUAGGACAGGAUGUCCCCUUGUUCCUGGGAGGAGGGUUUAUAGGACAGGAUGUCCCCUCUAUCCAAGGAGGAGGGUUCGAAGGAAAGGAUCUCCCCUCAUUUCCUUGGAAGAGGGUUUAUAGGACCGGAUGUCCCCUUGUUUCCGGGAGGAGGGUUUAGAGGACAGGAUGUCCCCUCUAUCCAAGGAGGAAAGUUUAGAGGAAAGGGUUUCCCAGACGACCGCAGAGCCGUCGCCUGACUUCCACGCUGUCUUCCCCGCUGUCGACAUAAUGCAUUGCGCAGACUUGGUUGAGAUCAACGCAUGCGUCCGCCACAAGUGUUGUACAUAGCAACGGCAUGUUUUAAAUAGUAAGCAUUCGAUUAAAAAUUGUGUAUGAGUGUGUGUGUGUUUACCUUCCAUGUCAUUUUGAUAAUAAAACUCAAGGAGAAAAAAAGAA